AUGGUCGCGACUUCUUUCCUGAGGGUCGCGUUCGCCGUUAACAUGGCGCUCGCCGUCUCCGGCAUGGUAAUCCCCCGUGUCCCCGCUGGCACGCAGUUCAUCACGGGCCCCUGCUCGUCCGACGCCGACUGCGCCUCGGGCUGCUGCACCAAGAACACCGGCAAAUGCGGUGCCCGUGCAGUCGCCGAAGGCCCCGGCGGCGGCGGAGGCUGCGGAUUCGGCGCCGGUGGUGCUGCCGCCGCCGCGCCCGCCCCGGCAGCCGCAGCAGCCGCCGCCCCACCGCCCAACGUCGGCGGCCCGCCGUUCGACCCCGCCGGCGUCCCCAACGUCGGCAACGGCGCGGGCAAGCAGUUCAUCGGCGGCCAAUGCCUCUCCGCCGCCGACUGCAACUCCGGGUGCUGUGCCGGCCCGUCGGGCAUCUGCUCCGGCGUCGGCGCGCAGACGCAGGCGGGCAAGACCGGGUGUGGAUUUGUUGCUGGCGGUGUUGGCGCGGCUAAGCCUGCUGCUCCCCCGGCCGCUGCUGCGCCCCCCGCGGCCGCCGCCCCCGCUACGCCCCCACCGAAUGUUGGUGGCCCGCCCUUCGACCCCGCUGGUGCGGCCAACGUCGGUAACGGCGUCGGCAAACAGUUCAUCGGCGGCCAAUGUCUCUCCGAGAAGGACUGUGCCUCCGGCUGCUGCGCCGGCCCGUCCGGAAUCUGCUCGGGCGUCGGCGCGCAGACCCAGGCUGGCAAGACCGGAUGCGGCUUCGUCGCUGGCGGCGUCGGCGCCGCUAAGCCCGCUGCACCCCCCGCCGCCGCUGCUCCUCCCGCCGCCGCCGCGCCCCCCGCUGCAGCUGCUGGAAGCGGCAAGCCCGCGGGCACGCAGUUCAUCACCGGCCCGUGUGCGAACGACGGCGAGUGCGCGUCUGGUUGCUGCACCAAGAACACUGGCAAAUGUGGCGCACGUGCUGUCGCUGAAGGCCCCGGCGGUGGAGGAGGCUGCGGCUUCGGCGCUGCCCCCGCUGCUGGAGGCGCCCCCGCUGCUGCUGCACCCCCUGCUGCUGCUGCACCACCCGCUGCGGCGGCUGGCAGCGGCAAGCCGCCCGGCACGCAGUUCAUCACCGGCGCGUGCGCGAACGACGGCGAGUGUGCGAGCGGGUGCUGCACCAAGAACACUGGCAAGUGCGGCGCGCGCGCGGUCGCGGAGGGCCCCGGCGGCGGAGGCGGAUGUGGAUUCGGCGCCUAA